GGCUGCGAAUGAAGCCUUCCUGAAACGAGCUUGCAUUAUGUUUGCAUUUGAACAAUUUGUGGAUACCUUUCUCCCAACUCUGUCCUCAUAUGUGCCGGAAGAUCUUUCAAGGAAAUUACGAGAUUUGAUGGAUUCAGAGCCCCCGGAUCUGUCAACAAAUGCCCAGUGUGUCAAGUGAAAGCGUAUGUCAACCCAAGCCUCAUUGCAGAUGAAUUGUUUGAGAUGACUGCCAUUUCACUCAACCUACAUUCGGACCUAAAGAAUCAGACUCUUAGUUCUGAAUCCAGGUGGGCACGCAUCGUUGACACUGUGAAACGACCAGGAGAGAUCGUAGAGGCAUUGGAGAAGAUUCUUCCGUGUCGUGUCUUUGAGGAAUUCAAACUUGGAAGGGUCGACGCAUUCGUCUGCAGAUGUCCUGUUUCAAUGGAAGAAAAUGGUAUGGCUGAGGAUGCUGGGAUGGGAACAGCGGAACAGACAGUUCCUAAAAGUCUGCAAGAUGAAAGAAACACUGAAACUGCCAAUGAAGGUACAAACUGCCAUGCCCACAGGACUGGUCUUCAACAGGUACAUCGCCCGUUGGUGACUUACCUACAAGGAAGAGGACCGGAAUUGUUGGAGAAGUUGGACGAAAUAAACGCCAUCGAGGACUGCGACGUAAGAUCAAUAGCAGCAAUGUCAAAUGGGAAGAUGCAAGCUGAGGCUAUUCUCAGAAUUGUUCAGGAUACGCUUUCGUUUGGGCAGUUCGUGGAGAAGUGUCUGCCCAUAAUAUCUUCAUCCUGUCCUCAGUCAGUGUAUGAAGAACUGCGGACAGCCGUGUGGGUAAACUGGGCAAUGCCUGAACCCACCAUAUGCAGUGUGUGUCAGACAAGAAAUAGAAUUGACCCAAAACGACUUGCAGACAUCUUCUUAGAAAAGGAAUGUAUCACCGUGAACGUGCACAGUAACUUAAAACAAGUGGAAUUAGUAAAGAAGAUAAAUGGGAUCUGA